AUGGGACAAGGAGCAUGGAGGGACUUGGCACAUGGAAGCAGCUCAACUGGAUACGCAAAGGAAGAAGGGAGAAGCCAUCUUGAAGACCAGCUCGACCGUCUACUCGACCAACCGGUCGAGUUCCUCAACUCGACCGGCCAAGCUUCAACUCGAUCGAGCUGGAAGUCAAAGUCAAACCCGAAAAAUGUGUAUGCGAACUCGAUCGAGUCGGUCUACAGAGACUUGGUCGAGCUAGACUUUACAACGGGUAGAAAGAGGGUUCAGAGGUCACAGAGGGUACAAGAGGAACCUGAGGUGCUUGUUGCUGAUACAAUGGAUGUACCAGAGGGGAAUGGAAACCCUUUGGGAAUGGACUCGGUCGAGCUAGGCAAACUCGACCGAUUGGUCAAGGAGAUGCUCCAAACCGCCACCAACAGAGACAAGGGAUUGUUCCACCACCAGUGCAGAACCACAACUUUGAGAUCAAGCUGGGAAUGA